AUGUCUUCAACAAGAACCGCCCAUCUCAAUCGGGGCUUGAUCAGGAAUGGAAACACAGGCUUAAUCCGUGGCGUCACAACUGCUCGUCAUGGUAUAUCCCCUGUAUUCCGUAUUCGUGCAACGCAGCUCAUCCCCUCAUCUCGAACAUUGACGACUUCUCCUCGACGAUAUGCCAGCCCCAACCUUUCUCCCUUAGAAAAACAACGCCUCCGCCGCCCCGUCUCACCACACAUCACAAUCUACAAAUGGCAAUACCAAUCCCUGACCUCAAUCCUGCAACGAUUUUCAGGGAUGUUUCUCGCCGGCGGCAUCUAUGUCUUCGCAAUUGGAUAUCUGGUCGCACCAACAAUCUCACCUGGACUAGAGCAGGUCUUUGACCUCGAAACGAUCGUCAGUGCUGCGCGGGAGGUUCCUGGUUGGGCGAAGAGUGGUGGGAAAUUUGCGUUGGCGUUGCCGUUUACGUAUCAUUUCUUCAAUGGAGUGAAACAUUUGAUGUGGGACUCGGGGAUUGGAUUGGCACACAAGAGGCUUUUUGGGAGACUGGCCGCUAUCAACGUUGUGGCAUUAUAUCAAACGAAUUGA